GUCCUGUGGGAUUCAGGACAACUAACAUAUUUGAUUUAUUUGUUUAAAUUAAUCUAACAUUAAAAUACACCUUUUACUCAAAAUGAUAUUCUGGAUUUAAUCUGUUUUCUACACAAACAUUUGAAGGACUUUAUCACACAAGUAAAAACUAUUUGGGGAUUUCAUUCCUUCUACAGCAGUGAUUCAUUCUUCUAUUUUUCAUCUGCUGUAUCAGCAUCAUCAAACAGUAUUUCAGGGAAAAAGAAGAGCUAAUUCUGAAAACUGAGGAGCUGUCUCCAAACCCAGAGGUACCAAGAAGAGUUCACCUCCUAAAAGCUUAUGGCUCCGGUGUUUUUAACUGAGAAAUGAUCUCUAGAUUGUAAACAAACCACUCGUAUCUCUCUCUAACCGCUCCUCUUCCUGGAAUGAAGCAGAGCCUGAUAUCGCCUCCCUCCUCUUCCUCAUCUCAAACACAAGCUGCACUCUGUCCUCUUAUUUCCUCGUUCCCUCCCCUUCAGAUCUACAGUUUUGAAGAUGGGUGUAACCGACAUGGUGGUGCAGUGAGAGCUGACAGGCUGCAUUCAGUGCACAUGUUGUUUAGAUCAGAGCUCAAACUAGUUUCACUUCUCAGGAAGUGAGACUCAGACAGUCGUCGUCUCUGAGAGGUGAAAUGGCGCAGCAAGGAGUUCAGCUGGACCACCAAAGGUUCUCUUGUUCCAUCUGUCUGGAUCUACUGAAGGAUCCGGUGGCUACUUCCUGUGGACACAGCUACUGCAUGAACUGUAUUAAAGGCUUCUGGGAUGGAGAGGAUGAGAAGAAGAUCUACAGCUGUCCUCAGUGUAGGCAGACCUUCACACCGAAGCCUGUCCUGAUGAAAAACACCAUAAUAUCAGAUUUAGUGGAGGAACUGAAGAAGACUGGACUCCAAGCUGCUCCUGCUGAUCACUGCUAUGCUGGACCUGAAGAUGUAGCCUGUGAUUUCUGCACUGGGAGGAAACUGAAAGCCUUCAAGUCCUGUCUGGUGUGUCUGGUCUCUUACUGUGAGAAACACCUCCAGCCUCAUUAUGAUGUGGCUCCAUUAAAGAAACACAAGCUGGUGGAGCCCUCCAAGAAGCUCCAGGAGAACAUCUGCUCUCGUCACGACGAGGUGAUGAAGAUUUUCUGUUGUACUGAUCAGCAGUGUAUCUGUUAUCUCUGCUUAAUGGAUGAACAUAAAGGCCACGACACCGUCUCAGUUGCGGCAGAAAGGACCGAGAGGCAGAGAGAGCUGGAGGUGAGUCGACUCAACAUCCAGCAGAGGAUCCAGGACACAGAGAAAGAUGUGAAGCUGCUCCAACAGGAGGUGGAGGCUGUGAGUCGCUCAGCUGAUAAAGCAGUGGAGGACAGUGAGAAGAUCUUCACCGAGCUGAUCCGUCUCAUGGAGAAAAGAAGCUGUGAUGUGAAGCAGCAGGUCAGAUCCCAGCAGGAAACCGAAGUGAGUCGAGUCAAAGAGCUUCAGGAGAAGCUGGAGCAGGAGAUCACUGAGCUGAAGAGGAGAGACGCUGAGCUGAAGCUGCUGUCACACACAGAGGAUCACAACCAGUUUCUACUCAACUACCCCUCACUGUCACCGCUCAGCGAGUCUACAUCCAGCAUCAAUAUCCGUCCUCUGAGAUACUUUGAGGACGUGACGGCGGCUGUGUCAGAAGUCAGAGAUAAACUACAGGACGUUCUGAGAGAGAAAUGGACAAACGUCUCACAGACAGUGUCUAAUGUGGAUGUUUUACUGCCACAACCAGAGCCCAAGACCAGAGCUGGAUUCUUACAGUAUUCACGAGAAAUCACACUGGAUCAAAACACAGCGCACACAUGGCUGUUAUUAUCUGAGGGGAACAGAAAAGCAACAUUAAUGAGAAAACAACAGUCUUAUUCUAGUCUCCCAGACAGAUUCACUGAUUGGUGGCAGGUCCUGAGUAGAGAGAGUCUGACUGGACGUUGUUACUGGGAGGUGGAGUGGAGAGGGUUAGGAGUUCAUGUAGCAGUCGCAUACAAGAGUAUCAGGAGAGCAGGGAGGGGGGGUGAAUGUAGAUUUGGAUACAAUGACAAAUCUUGGGCGUUAGAUGUUGACAAUAACAGUUAUACAUUUCGGUACAACAGUGUUCAAACUCCCGUCUCAGGUCCUCCGUCCUCCAGAGUAGGAGUGUACCUGGAUCACAGUGCAGGUAUUCUGUCCUUCUACAGCGUCUCUGAAACCAUGACUCUCCUCCACAGAGUCCAGACCACAUUCACUGAGCCUCUCUAUGCUGGACUUGGGCCUUAUGAUUAUGAUAACACUGCUGAGUUGUGUAAACUGAAAUAGACAGAAGUCAUUUAAAGGGACAGAGGGUUAAAUUGUCAGAUCGCUAAAUAGAACAAGACUCUUUGUAAAGAGAUCUAGAAUCACAUUGAUGUGAUGUUGUUGUUGUUCUGAGGUAUUCUAGAAGUGUAAUCAUCCUGAUCAUAAUCAAUAAGGAGAUCAUUCAUUAUUCUCUUUCUCAUGGCUGAGAUUCUGGUCAAACCAACUGAUGGUGAACAUGAGAUCAUUGAAUCCUUUAACAGACUUUACAGAUGGGAUGUGUGAACAAAGUGACGCUUCACAUGAUGAAUAAACUAACGUGAACAAAG